CUGAGGCCGCGGCGGUGGGUGCCGCCACCACCACCACCGUCGCCACCAGCACGACGCUGCUCCGAUCCUCGGGCCAUUCCGCCCUCGCUUCCGAUCGCCGUUGCCGUCGCAGCCCAAGCGAUUCCGAUCGCGCCGCACUUGGGAUGUCCCGGCGCCCAGGCCGCUAGGUCUGCCGAGGCGCCCCGCCGCGAGCGCAGGCAAUGGCCCCGCUGCUGGUGCGCCUGAACCUCCCCGGCUUCAGCUCGCCAGAGCCCUUCCACCUCGCCGUGGCGCCGCGGUCGCUGGCCGGCCUCGCGUGCGCCGUCCUGGAGGAGAUCGGCGGGCUGACGAGGGAGGAGCUGCAGGGCGUGCGGGACGACCCCAGCAGGGUGCCGCUGUCGUUCCUGGGCGAGGUGGCGCAUUCCGAGCAGCCGGUGCUCCUCUCGAGCGACGCGGAGCUCGGAAGCUUCCUCGCCACGUCGGCGGCGAGCCUCCAGGGCGCACCGCCCACCAUCGAGGUGCGGCCGCCGGAGCCGAGCGUCCCCCCAGCCGCGGCCGACGUGGCCCCGCCGUCUCCGUUCUCCCACCGCGCGGGCACAAACGGCGCCGGGAGCGCAGCGGCGUGCUCGGGGCCCGAGGACGGCGCCGCCGGCUUCAGCCCCGCGGCCCGCCCCGCGACGGCCGAGAAGGCGCGGGUGCCCAACGGGGCGGCCGGCACGCGGCCGCGCGACGCGCAGCCGCCGAAGCGGGGCGCCGCCACGAGGGCCUCCAGCAGCGGGGCCGCUCCGGCAGCGGACCCGAGGGCCUCUCCUGGCAGGGCCGGGGGCAGGGGCCCGGCCGCCAGGGCGUCCCCCGCGCAGGCGCCGCCCCGGGAGGGCGCGGCCGCGCCCGGCGGCGCGGGCCUCCGCACCCCGGACCCCGCGCGGCACGCCCCGCAGCAGCGCGCCAUCGCGCGCACCUCCUCCUCGCCGUCGCUGGGGCAGCGGCCCGGGUGGGAGGCGGCGGCGGGCCGCCCGCGCCACGACCUGCCCGCGGCCCGCUGGGGCGCCGCGGCGCCGGCGCCGGAGGGCGCUCGCGGCGCCCAGGGCCCCCAGGCCGCCGCGGCCGGGCAGGGCCAGGCCGCGCGCAGGCCGCUCGAGCGGGCGGCCGCGGCGGAGGGCAGGCCGGAGACGUCGCCGCCCGCGUCGGCCGCGGUCGCGGCCGCCCCAGACGUCAGCGGGAACAGCGCCAACAGCUUGGGCGCCGACCGGCACGCCUGGGUGAGGCUGUACUACCAGGACACAGAGGCGCGGCGCCAGCGCGCGGAGGAGGCGAAGAGGCGAGCGCAGGAGCGGGAGGAGGAGGAGAUCCGGACCUCGGCCAGGAGGGCGAUGGGCCGACCAGAGGGGCGCCCCUCGGCGGGUCCACGGGGCGACCGCGGCGCUGGGCGGGACCCCGACACGACCGCGGACCUGUCCAGGAGCAGUCCAGCCAGACGGCGGUGACGGCGACGGCGAAG